UUUCGGAAUUUACUGGUGCAAAGUAGCGGUACUCUUACUGCAGCUCGUGCGCGCGUGUGUGUGUGUGUGUGUGUGUGCGAGAGUGCGCGGCGUGCGCGUGUGUGUGUGUACGGUGGGGCAGCCUUAAAUCACGUGCAUACAAAAAAAGAAGAAAAGCACGGCAUUUAUUUACCUUUGGAUGGCACUACGAAACCAAAAAAAAAAAUAAAGGGGACGCCGACGCCCAAGUUCGCUGUAAUUCAAAGUUAGUAAAUGCUAAACAAUCGCUGGCGUUUUGGUUCCAAAUCAAUACUUGGCAGACGGUCAUUUAGUUUUAAUUGCUGCAAGUAAUAGGCCCAGGCCCCCUAAAACUUUUGGAGAAUAACAACGAUAACAAUAAUAACACCUGCGAAAAGACCAUGACAGGCAAGAGCGAUAAGGAUAUUUUGGCCAACUCCAUGUACGAGGAUGACCCCAAUGGCAACUCAGCGCCCGCCACCACAGAGGAUCAGGAAACGGCCAUGCCGGAGGAGCUAAAGGUCGCUGGUGCCACAACAACAGGGACCAACGCUGCGGCAAUAAGUUCGACUUCUCCGCGCUGGGGACCCCAGAAUAAGGGUGCCCAGGAACUGGCCUCGCUGUACAGUCCAGGAAAGCGUGCCCAGGAAAUCAUAUGCGUCUACACCUGUAUUGGCCUUAUGAUUAUCAAUCUAGCCCUAAUUGUUAGGCACCUGCGUUUGGAGCGAAUAAGUGUGGCUUUUCUGUCGGCCCUAUGUGGCAUUAUAACAGCUGACUUUGCUUCUGGAUUGGUGCACUGGGCGGCAGAUACAUGGGGAUCGGUGGAUUUACCCAUGAUUGGAAAGAACUUUCUGCGACCAUUUCGAGAGCAUCAUCUGGACCCCACUUCGAUAACGCGUCACGAUUUCAUCGAGACAAACGGCGACAACUUUAUGGUGGGCAUACCAAUCCUCGGCUAUUUGGCUCACUAUUUCUACAUCCGGUCGCCGAGUGAGAUUCAGCAACACUUUGGCUGGAUAGCCUAUGUUUUCCUCUGCUCCAUAUUUGUGGCCAUGACCAAUCAGAUACACAAAUGGUCGCACACCUACUGGGGACUGCCCAGGUGGGUUCUGUUACUCCAGAGCUGUCAUAUUAUCCUUCCACGCAAGCAUCAUCGCAUCCAUCAUGUGGCACCGCAUGAGACGUACUUUUGCAUCACCACCGGAUGGCUAAAUUGGCCUCUGGAACGCAUAAGAUUCUGGUCCACAUUCGAGAUUAUUAUCGAGCAUUUGACUGGUCUCAAGCCCCGCGAUGAUGACCUGAGGUGGGCCAAGAAACUCACAUAGACUCGCUGGCCAGCGACUGUAUAUAGGAAACUUGGACCAAGCAGCCUUAACUCGCUGAAAGUCAUCUUCAAAUGUUAUCAUCUUAUCGAAAUGUUUUGCACAACGAAGUAGCUUUAAAUGAGAGCUGAUUGCAUACUUGUAAAGUUAACUGAACAAAAAGCAUAGUUCUCGGUUGCAUGUUUGUUAUACAUAAAUAGUUUAUCAUUUAAGUUAGUUUUCUAUAGAUCUAUUAUAUACACCUGCACACACUCGCACAUUAGAGCGCAUAAGCGUACAUAUAUGCAUUCAUUGAUCUCGCCACAGAUUAAUCGUACUUCGAGUGAGCCUUACGUAUACCUAAAUAAUAAAUGGAACAAAUUACUGAAUAUCAAGCGCACUGGCUUGUCGGAUAAAUUUUUAAGGAUUUACACAAAACAAAAGUAAUUACUUGAUAUAUAAGCUUAAUGAGCCACUGAUUUUGGUACCAGGUCCAAACAAAAAGACAUUUUUAAUACAUUUCAUCAUCCCUGCUUUUUGAUGGCUAUAAAAUAAAAACUUAUUUACAACUAUAUAUACAAUAAAUACAAUUAAACUAGGCGCUGUAUGCAAUCAAGAACGUGACUUACAACCUUUGCCUUAAAAACGUUUUUUAUAUGUAUAGCAAAAUUGUGGUUAAGCGGAAUCAGUUUUUAGUACGCACACUUUUAGUGGCAAGUGUUAAUCCUUUUAUAAGACAAAAGUUUUUAUAAUUAAUUUCGAAAGGAGUUUGUUAAGUGCAACAUACUAUUCAAGUAUUUCACCAGAAUUCGGAUUAAAUCUAAGACGAUUUUUUAUGAGGCCUAGUUGCUUGUAUCAUUUGAGGUGUUGUUGCGCAACACAGUAAUUCUAAGACAGCAAUAUUAAUUGUGAUCUGAGUAAAAUAAACCAUAAAGCUAAUAAAACCAAAA